GCCCUUGAAGCUGAUCUUUCCCAUCGUGCCACUUGAAAUGGGAACCGUCCCUAAAGCACGCCCUUUCGAGGACGUAACGAUAUCCUUCGACAUUACAGAAAUUCGCGUUGCCAUGACCAGCACGUUCGCCAACGACAAGCCGCUCGCGAUGGAGCUCUCGUUUAUUUCGACAAGUGGCGGUCAGAGGCGCAUUGGCACACCUCCGCUCACGAACACCUCCGAGACGCCCGACGUGGCCUUUCUUGUGAUGCUAGUUGCCAUCGUGGCCAUCGUGGCUGUUGGUGGCAUCGUGCUGUUUCGACCGCUGCCAGUGCAAGCGUUGUGGCGGAUUCUUGGUUACCCGGCUGCUGCCUCAAACUUGCUGGACGAUGCCGUGAACGAGCCAGUGCCGCCCCCCCAACCGCACACCGAGACACAGCGCCCCUUUGACUUCAACCAUGAGGUGUGGCAAGACGACUGCGGGAUUGACGUGGUCCCAUCGCCACCAAGCACACGACAGUCGGUCAUCGACAGCGCCGUUCACGCGUAUGCCACCAUGAGUGUCCAGUAACAUGACAUCUCCUUUCUGUGGUUG